UUGAUAGUACAAGAGUUGAACAUCGUUUUUCUAUGAUUUAACAUUUUUUUAGUUCGAAUUUAAUAGUUUAGUAGUUUAAUAUAAUACAGAAUUUCAUUAACGAACUUUACCGGUUUUACGGUAAUUCUACUUUGUGCUCGGAAAGUCUAGCAACUUGUCACAUCACUACGACAGCUGAUAGAUGUCAAUUUCAAAGUAACCUCAAAAUUAGUUUGAUGUAAUAAUAAAUAAUUUUCUUAAUAAUAUGAAUGGGAGGUUAUUUCUUUCGAUUUUUUGUAAUUACCCAAAGAAAUUAUUAAUUAACCACAGUUUUCAAAACAGUAAUAGGGUAUUGAUAAGUGUAUCAAAUGAAUAUAUUAAAAAAUACUGUACGAAAUCCAAAGUUAAAAUUAAAGAGAAGAAACAUUGUAAUAUAGGAACAAUAGGACAUGUAGAUCAUGGCAAAACAACUCUAACGGCGGCUAUAACUAAGGUAUUGUCAAAGGAUGGGUCGGCAAAAUUCAUUUCAUACGACGAAAUUGACAAAGCGCCUGAAGAAAAAGCUAGAGGUAUUACUAUAAACGCAGCACAUGUGGGCUAUAGUACAAAAACACGACACUACGCACACACAGAUUGUCCUGGACAUGCAGAUUAUAUACGUAAUAUGAUAUCUGGAGCAUCUCAGAUGGAUGCGGCCAUUUUAGUUGUAGCUGCCAAUGAUGGGCCGAUGCCUCAAACUAGAGAGCAUUUAUUACUGGCCAAACAAGUUGGCAUUCAAUAUAUUCUUGUUUAUAUAAACAAAGCUGAUCUUGUUGAUAUGGAGCUUUUAGAAUUAGUAGAGAUAGAGAUGCGUGAGAUGCUAACAGAUUUUGGUUACGAUGGAAUCGCUGUACCUAUGAUAACUGGAUCAGCAAUGAAAGCACUUAACGAAGAUGAAUCGGAAUACGGUAUGCCAUCAAUAAGAAAAUUAUUAGACGCCAUAGACAAUUACGUGCCGUCUAUCCAGAGAGAUUUGACGUCACCGUUUUUGAUGCCCAUAGACAAUGCGUUCACAGUUCCCGGCCGAGGUACUGUGGUCGUUGGUACUUUGAAACAAGGUGUUAUGAAGAAAAAUGAUAAUGCUGAUUUAAUGGGAUUUGGAUUUAGUAUUAAAACUACAUUAUCUGAUAUACAGAUAUUCAAGAAUAGUGUUACUGAGGCGUUAGCUGGUGAUAAUGUGGGCGUGUUGUUGAGAGGUUUAAAGUUGCGUAUGGUAGAGACGGGCAUGUUGCUAUGCGCGGCGCGGAGUGCAAAACUUAGCAACCAUUAUAAGGCUAAAGUGUACUUUCUGUCGCGGGCGGAAGGCGGCAGAAAGAAACCUAUAGUCUCAAAGUAUUCACAGCAAAUGUACAGCGGGACGUGGAAUAUUGCUUGUAGGAUAGAUCUUGAGCCAACAGUAGAGAUGAUGAUGCCGGGCGAGCACGGGGACGUAUACCUCACGUUGCUGGAGGGCAUGGUGAUGACGUCAGGACAAAGGUUCACCAUACGAGAGAACAAUGUCACCGUCGCUACGGGCAUCGUCACUGACACAUUGCCCUCUAUAGACGUGCCUAAGGGACGACUCGGCAAAGUUGUCAAAUUUGAUAAAUGAAGGAAAUUCGCCAGUGGUAACUGGUAUGCGUUACGCCAGUAUGUUAACCUCGUACCAUCAAUGCAUGUGUAUUCCCGCCCUUAUAGAAUGUAUAUAGAUUGAUAAAUAAAUUAUUUGAAAUAUU